UUCCACACCAUACAUUACAUCAACCUACGUGUUACAUAUUCCAAAUAAUUUAUCAUCCAGUUUAAUGUAAACAGAAUUAUAUCUUUUUUCUCUCAAGUGUCACAUCGUGUGUGUAAAACAUUUACAUUUGGUCACUUAUUUCCGUGUUAAUUUUAACUCACUGGUCGCAAAUGACUGGAAAUAGCGGAAGUUCACAGGUACGCGGCUGUUUCUAGUAAAUUUAUUUUAAUGGACAAAACAAUUAUCAAGCACAAAAAUUACGGACUUAUCUUGUAAUUCGAAACGCCUGAAGGCGUUGCAACAAUUACAAAAUUCCAUUUUGCAACAAAAUGACCGUGGAGGGUAGCAUGGAGGAAAGUCAGCCGAACUGGUCCGUCCAGGAAGUCGGUGAAAUGAUGCGAAGUUUUGGCGUAUGGGAUUAUACAGUUUUCACGUUUAUGUUGGCUUCUUGUGGUUCCGUGGGCAUUUACUUUGGUUUUAUCAAGAAAUCGUCGGGAGUAGAUGAGUACCUCGUGGGUGGUAGAAACAUGAAAACAUUCCCUGUCAGUCUGAGUCUUAUAGCCAGUUUCAUAUCGGGUAUUUCAUUAUUGGGUACACCGACGGAAGUUUACGUACACGGUACCAGCUAUCUUUUUAUCGGUAUCGGAGUGAUCAUCGUUGGUUUUCUAAUGUCUAGUAUCUACUUGCCGAUUUUUCACGAACUCAAACUCACAAGCACCUACGAAUACCUCGAAAGACGUUUCGAUAAAAAGAUCAGAUUAUUAGGAUCGGUGCUUUUCUCGAUCAGUAUCAUGACAUGGCUUCCUAUUGUUAUAUACGUACCAGCGUUGGCUUUUAACCAAGUUACCGGGGUGAAUGUGCAUGUAGUUACUCCGUUCGUAUGUAUCGUGUGCAACACGUGAAGUAAUUUACAUUUUACGAAUUAGGGUGGUAUACGAGCAGUAGUAUGGACUGAUUUUAUUCAGACCUUUAUAAUGUUCGGUUCUAUGGUACUAAUCGUUAUCAAGGGAACAUCCGAUGUGGGUGGAUUGUCCUUAGUGAUAAGAAGAAAUCUAGAAUCUGGAAGGCUGGAAUUACCCACGACAGAUUGCAAUCCUCUCACAAGACACACGAUCUGGUCCCUCGUGGUGGGUGGUUGCAUUCAUUGGUUGCAAGUAUCGGGUAUCAAUCAAAAUAUGAUACAACGAUAUCUUGCAUUACCCACGUUACAAUCAGCUAGAAGAGCGCUCUGGUGUUUCACAGUCGGUGUGCUAAUUUUACUAGGAAUAUGUGGAUACGCGGGAAUGUUAAUAUAUGCUUGGUAUCAUGUAUGUGAUCCACUUACGACAAAGUUAGCAGGCGCGAAGGAUCAAUUGCUACCGCUACUUGUUAUGAACAUAUUAAGAGAAUUUCCGGGACUUCCCGGCCUCUUUGUCGCCGGAGUAUUUAGCGCAGCACUGAGUUCUUUGUCCACUGGUUUAAACUCUAUGGCCGCGGUGGUGUUAGAAGAUUUCAUUAAACCAUUCAAGAAAACACCCUUCUCUCCCAAAGUUACGGAUAUUUUAUUAAAACUCACUGUAGUUAUACUCGGGGUCAUCUGCGUGGCACUUGUGUUCGUUGUCGAGAAAACAGGAUCUCACGUAUUACAGUUGUCUACGAAUCUGGCGUCCAUUACUAGCGGACCAUCACUCGGUAUUUUCAGCAUGGGAAUAUUGUUGCCCUGGGUAAACGCUAAGGGUGCUCUGAUAGGUGGUCUUGCUGGUUUGGGUUUUAUGGGUUGGUUCAGUCUUUCAGCAGAGGCAGCCAUUGCCAGUGGAAGAAUAAAGUUUGACGAGAAACCAGUCAGCACGGAAGGCUGCUACUACUCUUUUCCGCAAGUGGAAAACUUGAUGUUACUCGAGCCUCCAGAUAAUAUUUUGGACAAUGAUGAUUUUCUUCCAGAACCUCUAACACUGUACCGUCUCAGUUAUCUUUGGUACACUCUCACUGGUGCAUUAGUGACGAUGAGUAUAGGCCUGGUUGUGAGUCGUAUUACGUCUGAAGAUGUUGAAAAAUUAGAUCCAAUGUUGUUGGCCCCUUUCAUACGAAAACUGUUGAAAAACAAGGAGACUCAGCAGGAGAGUGGAAACUUAGAAAUGGAAGUACAUAGAACCAGAGAAGAGACUACAGCUUAA